AUCCACGGACCAGACAGGUCUCUUAGCUCCCUCUCUUUGUCCGAACGGGAGGAGAAGCGAUGGAACCUCUCUACCAUGCUGGGUCCAUCCUCAUGCAGGUGAACACCUUACAAGGGAAGAAGAUGGUGGAGAGUGGCCUCCAGUCUGGAGACUUCUCCCUCCCUCAGUCCUGGCCUUCCUGCCUCCUGCCCCCAGCCGACCUGGAGCUCCUGCAGCAGAAGGUAGCGGGGGUGCAGCGGGAGCUGGAGGACUUUAAGAAGGAGGCGCUGAAGGCCAUCCGUUACCUGGAGGACGCCUUCUGCGAGAUGAACGGCGAGCUGGCACAGCAGGAGGAGCAGGCGGCCCGCGUGAAGCAGCGGCUGAGGGAGGAGGAGGACCGGGGCGUCGUGCGCAACAAGGUCCUCACCUUCCUGCUGCCCCGCGAGAAGCAGCUCCGGGAGCACUGCAAGCGGCUGGAGCGCAUGCUGCUGGGCUCCGGCCGGGACGCGCUUGGCGCCCCCAGGAAGAUCCAGACCGACUGA